AUGGCUGGACGAUCGAAUCCCCCCAGAACUCCCUCGCCGAAGAGCGGAAGAACCGGAAAGAUCACCGACAUCUUCAAGUCGGUCCAUCAAUCUGAACCAAAGCAACCUACCAAACGAGAGCUUGAAGUCGAGGACCAAGAUGCUCAGCCGACGAAGAAGCUCAAGCGAAGCGACGAUGGGCAUGCCGGUAGUAUGAAAACGGCCCGUUACCAAGUCGCCAUCAACACCCCUGAGCCCAAGACCAUGUGCAGAAAGCCAGCCUCCGCCCGUCUACUAGACGACACCGACGGGGGGCUUCAUGAAAGUCUUGUCGGCAGACGGGACUUCCUCAAAGAGACGAGCACUGAAGAUGACGAAACAGUUGAAGUCCAGCAUCGCAAAUCGUUCAGACCGAUUCAUAACCCCGCUGGCGUCAACAACCCUAGGCACAAGAGACCGGCCUCUUCCCGUCUCUUGGAUGACACCGAUGGAGGUUUAAUGGACAGCCUGGUCGGUCGCUCCAAAACUCCAAGGCACGGAGAGGAAGUUCCCAGGUCUGGGGAGAUGAAGAGGAAUAACGGUUCGAUGCACGAAGCCAUGGACGACAACGUGCUGGACGAUGACACGGAGGCCGAGACCAUCAAUCUCAAUGACAGCGAAAAUGAAAUGAGCAGCGACCAAGACGGCGAGGACGAUUAUAGCGAGGUUGACGACAGUGACAAAGAGAACGUCGACCCGCGAAAUCGCAAUAGAACACCCUCGCUUCCGCCUCCCCCUGCGGCCCACGCGCAUCAUGGAAGCCAGAACGAGACUGGUGACGCGACCCCAAUUAGCCAGUCCUCGACCAGCCCAUCGUCGCUCCUUUUACCAAGCCCAGUCAUGGAUUUGCCGGCGCCGUCACCGUCCUCAUUACCGUCUGUACCUCCCUCGACCAUGCCAUCUCCGCCGUCGACGCCGUAG